UGUGUGCGCGUGUGCGCGCGUGUGUGCGCGUGUGUGCGCGUGCGCGCGCGUGUGUGCGCGUGUGUGCGCGUGUGUGCGCGUGUGCGCGUGCGCGCGCCCGGGUGUGAGAGGCGCGGGGCGCGGGCGCGGGCGCGGGUUCCUGCCCGUGUGCCGGAGCGAGAGCCCGGGGUGCGGACCGGCGAGCGCGCGUCGACACCGGCCAUGAGGGGCGCGGGCGCCUGGGCCGCGCUCGGCCUGCUGCUGGCGGCUGCAGCGCAGCGCUCGCCGCAGCAGCCCCCCGAGAGACCUGUUUUCACAUGUGGCGGCAUUCUUACUGGAGAGUCUGGAUUUAUUGGCAGCGAAGGUUUUCCUGGAGUGUACCCUCCAAAUAGCAAAUGUACUUGGAAAAUCACAGUUCCCGAGGGGAAAGUAGUAGUUCUUAAUUUCCGAUUCAUAGAUCUUGAGAGUGACAACCUGUGCCGCUAUGACUUUGUGGAUGUGUACAAUGGUCACACCAAUGGCCAGCGUAUUGGGCGCUUUUGUGGCACGUUUCGGCCUGGAGCCCUUGUGUCCAGUGGUAACAAGAUGAUGGUGCAGAUGAUUUCUGAUGCCAACACAGCUGGGAAUGGCUUCAUGGCCAUGUUCUCUGCUGCUGAACCAAACGAAAGAGGGGAUCAGUAUUGUGGAGGACGCCUUGAAAGACCUUCCGGCUCUUUUAAAACCCCCAACUGGCCAGACCGUGAUUACCCUGCAGGAGUCACUUGUGUGUGGCACAUUGUAGCCCCCAAGAAUCAGCUUAUAGAAUUAACAUUUGAGAAGUUUGAUGUUGAGCGUGAUAACUAUUGCCGAUAUGAUUUUGUGGCUGUGUUUAAUGGUGGAGAAGUCAAUGAUGCUAAAAGAAUUGGAAAGUAUUGUGGCGAUAGUCCACCUGCACCAAUUGUAUCUGAGAGAAAUGAACUUCUCAUUCAGUUUUUAUCAGACUUAAGUUUAACUGCAGAUGGAUUUAUUGGUCAUUACAAAUUCAGGCCAAAAAAAUUGCCUACAACUACAGUACCACCUGUUACCACCACGUUCCCUGUAACUACAGGUUUAAAACCCACUGUGUCCCUGUGUCAACAAAAGUGUAGACGGACGGGGACUCUGGAGAGCAAUUAUUGUUCAAGUAACUUUGUGUUGGCUGGCACUGUGAUCACAACUGUCACCCGAGGUGGGAGUUUGCAUGCCACAGUCUCUAUCAUCAACAUCUAUAAAGAGGGAAAUUUGGCAAUUCAGCAGGCUGGCAAGAACAUGAGUGCCAAGGUCAUCGUGGUCUGCAAGCAGUGCCCGCUCCUCAGAAGAGGUCUGAAUUACAUUAUUAUGGGCCAAGUGGGUGAAGAUGGGCGAGGCAAAAUCAUGCCAAACAGCUUUAUCAUGAUGUUCAAGACCAAGAAUCAGAAGCUCCUGGAUGCCUUGAAAAACAAGCAAUGUUAACAGUGAACUGUGUCAAUAUAAGCUGCCUUCUGUCAUUGCCUUUGAAAGAUUUCUAUUUUUCUCAGUAGAAAAAAAAAAACCAAAUCUUACAAUAUCAAAUCUUGAGCAUUCAGAGAGAUUUACUCUUCACACGAUGUAGGUACGAGAGCUCGGCUCUCGCUGAUGGAAGUUCCGGGGCUGCGCGGAGAGGAGCAGACAGGUGAUUGAGAGCCUGCAAGCUUGGUACGGCCACAGGAGACGGAAUGUAUCGAGCGUUGGCAGUUUGGAAGCAGUUUAUUCAUACAUCUCUGAAAGGGUAUUUUAGAGACAAGUUGUGUGAAGAUGUAAAAAAGAGAUUUUAUAAGUGCAAUAUUUAUAGUGAUAUUUGUUUUACCUUCCAGCGUUUGCUCUGGGGUAUUACAGUCUUCUCUUGCAUUUUUUUAAGUCCAUGCUUUAAUAAAAUAUUUUUAAAUGAUUAGAUAACAGCCAGUUAACUUGCUUUUAUAGAAGAUGAGACACUGUAAAAGGAAUAUUCCCUGCUUUUUACGUAGCGGUUUGGUAUCAAUUUGCACUUUGCUGAGAGAGCAUUCCAAAGAACUUCAGGGACUAAGUGGAUCCCGUAAUGUAAGUAGACUAUGAUUCUCUGUAGAACCAGAGAAUGUCAGAGUCAGAAUGGCGUCCCUCGGAAUCUAGUUCAACUCCUUUAUUUUGUAACAGAAAUUGAAGCUCAGAUAUAUUCAGAGACUUGUCGAGAAAACACAUCUCCCAAGAGACAGAGCUGACAAUUAAGCUCCGAAGUCCUGACUGCCACCCAGUCCCUCACUGCCACUAGAAGAGGCCCUCUUAUCUCGACUUGGCAGCGUUUGGUUUUUGUUUUCCUUUGCAGCCCAAAUCCUAAUUGGUCAUUUUACAGGACUUGAAAAAUUAGAAGUGAAUCUGGAUGCCUCUGUCCUGUUCAUCCCCAGUUACCUGGAUCAGGGUGCGUCAGGUAGGAUGCUUUCUGCAGUUGCCUUUGAGAAAUCUGUUUUCGCUCAGGAGGGGAAGAGCGGUGAAAGAACGCCCCUCCUUUGCACACCGCUGUUGAACAGGCAGCUGUACCCGACACAGGGGGGGCUAGCCUGUAGGAGGUUGCCGGCCAGGAGCUGUGCAAGAGGGACCCACCAUCGCCCUCUGAGAGUAGCAAGGGCAUCAGGGAUGAACAGAGGCUUGGAUCACAAGAUAUCUCAUGGUAGAACUGAAGUUUUAGAAAUAAGAAAAAUAAUCUUUUGGGUAAAAGCAGUACUCCCGGCCCUAGAAGUGACUGGACAUUCAAGAGGAAAAAAAAAUUUCAAGAGGAAGAAUGCCUCUGUUUUGGCAGCUGAGCGAGCCUAAGCAAACAAUGAGUGUGGGCCGGUGCUGGGGUUGGGAAUCCUUCCUAACCUCUCCCACUGGGCUGCCCAUCAGUCCCAGAUAAUUCACCGGCUGACAAAGAGGAUCAACUACAGAAGUUGGUGGUUGGCUUCACUGGCCAGUGCCACCUUUUAGAAAGGCCCUCAGAACCAUCUGGACUUCACAGCUGUGCCCAGUCAGGAUAUAACUAUGGAAUCCAGAUUGAUUCUAACCAAGUGAGUCCCUUUCAAGAAUACAUGUUAUGAGACUUUGGAGUGAUUACCAAAGAUUUUAGUAUUUUGGGGCACCUGGCUGCUCAGUGACUCUUGAUCUUGGGGAAAUGAGUUUGAGCCACACCUGUGUGGUGUGUAGAUUACUUUAAAAAAAAAAUCAUUGUAUUCUCCUCCUCUAAUUGGUGCAUUAGAGGCAGCAUGCUUGCUGCCAUCAGCCUCCUGCAUUACCAGCAGAAAGACUUCCAUUGGUUUCUGGGCGGGUGCCAGAGUCACAAUGGAGGUUAAAAUUGGGAAAAGUAAUCCAAACUAUUUAUACCAUUGACAUCGCUGACACAAGACUUUGAACUAUUGAGUGAAUUAGUGGUUGAUAACAUAUGGCACCAGUUUGUCUUUUAAUUCAAUUAUUCAAAACAGAGGUAAGCUGAAUACCGAUACUGCUCUUUUUUGUCCAAUAACCAUUUCUUAAUUUCUUUCUUGUUUAAUAAAUCAUUUUUAUUUUGACUGAACUUGAGUUUCUUUAGUCAUAAAUUGAAGGAGUUAGACUAGAUGACUUCUGGGAAUUACUUCUCUUUUAGAAAUUAUUUCUUCUUAAAAAAAAUUUUUUUUUACAGUAUAAUUGCCUAAGUUUUGUUUUUGUUUUUAGUACUUGUACUUGGGGAAUCAAACACAUAAUGAACAAAUGGGUGACUAUAUUAAUAUAUCAUAAAACAUUUUCAGGCUCUCUUAUGUGUUUCCAGGGGUCCUGCUAGCUUAAUAUUUAUCCUUUGAACUCAAUUCCUAUAACAAAAAUACCUGAAUCUUGCAAAGUUCUCAAAUUUUAAAUUCUAGUAUAUUACUUAUUUACUCAAAGGUUAAUCUUAGGAAUGCCCGGGUGGCUCAGUGGUUGAGGGUUUGCCUUCGGCUCAGGGCGUGGUCCCAGAGUCCCCGGAUCGAGCCCUAUGUCGGCUCCCUGCAUGGAGCCUGCUUCUCCCUCUGCCUAUGUCUCUGCCUUUCUCUCUCUCUCUCUCUCUCUCUCUUUGUGUCUCUCAUGAAUAAAUAGAAUCUUUAAAAAAAAAAAAAAAGAAGAAGGUUAAUCUUAAAGAAAUUUACCUUCUUUUUAUCUUUCUGUACAAAAGUGCUGUCAGGCUCCCAUUAUAUCUUCUGGACUGCUUUAGUGAAAUAAACUAAUAACAAAAACCUUCUUUAAAGAAAAGCCUUAAACUAAGACAGCUACAGGGGCACCUGUAUAGUGCAGUCAAUUGAGCAUGGGACUCUUGGUUUCGGCUGAGGUCAUUAUCUCAGGGUCCUGAGAUUAAGUCCCAAGUCAGGCUCCGCACUCAGCAUGGGCUCUGCUUGGGAUUCUCUCUCCCUCUUCCCUGUCCCUCCCCCCUUACUCUCUUGAGUUCUCUCUCAAAUUAAUUAAUUAAAUAAAACAGCUGCAGAUUAGUAGUUCUAAUGUGAGUUAAGUAAUAAUAAGCAGAAACUACUGGACAUAUCUAUGUAAGUGCAAACAAAUCUGCGAAAAACAAAAAUUCAAGUAGAAAUCACUUGAAGAAGGUGGGAGGGGGAGGAGCUUGUCCUAAGUAUUCAAAGGCCCUUAUAUUGAGAGAGGGAAGGAUAAAAAUAUUAAUUUAGAAUACUGAUAACUUACGCCUUUACAUUAAAAUAUCUAGGGUACCUAUAAAAGAAUAUAGUCUGAAAUUUUAAAAAUAGCAGAACAAAAGGUGAGAAAUUAAAGUGAAAUCAGGGAAAUUAUCACAAAAUUUGAUAAAAAUCCAUAUGUAUCAAUAAUUUCAAUAUAUGUCACUACAUACCUGAGUUAAAACUCAAAAAUUAUCAGACUGGAUUAGAAAAACAAAAUUUAACUAUAUGUGAUUUAAAAGAGACAUCUAAAACAUAAGGACACAGAAAACCUGAGAGGGAAAGGAUAGAAAAAGAUAAACAUACCAGGCAAAUACUAACCAAAACAAAACUGAUGUGGCCUUAUUAAUAUUGGGGAAAAAAACAGACUUCCAGGCAUUACUCAAGAUGAAGAGAAUUAACAGAUAAUAAUAAUUCUAAAAUUUGCAUUCAGCUUCUAAUGUCCUUCAAAAUACGUAACUAAAUCUGGCAUAGUAUAAAUGGAAAUUAAGUUUAUCAUCAUAGUGGGAGAUUUAAACAUAUUUAUCUCAGGAAUUGGCAGAUUUAAAAGAAAGACCAAUAAAGAUUGAAGAUUUGAACCACACAGUUGACUAGAUUUACCUGAUGGAUAAGUAUGGAACAAAACCAAAAGCACAUUUUUAAUCUCAAUAUGGAACAAUCACAAAACUUCCCCACUUACUGUACCAUCAAACAAAUUUCAACAAAUUUCAAAGCACUAGUAUCCUAUGGAAAUCCUUCUCCAAUAACAAUGAGUAGUUAGAAAUUAAGAAGUAAAUAACAGUAAAAAAAAUGGGGUGUUUCAGCUGGAUGGGGUGUCUGGGUGGCUCAGCUGGUUAAGCGCCUGCCUGCAGCUCAGGUCAUGAUCUCAGGGUCCUGGGAUCCAGCUCCGUAUUGGGCUCUCUGCUCAGUGGGGAGCCUACUUCUCCCUCUUCCUCCCCCCACCCCACCCCGCACAUAUACAUGCUCUCUUUCUCUCAAAUAAAUAAAAUCCUUACCAACAAAAAAACAAAAACCAAACAAACAAAAAACCCCUGAUGGUAGGAAUUGAGAAAUGUGCUUUUAAAUAACUUAUGAUCAAAAGGAAAUUAUAGGGAUGCCUGGGUGGCUCAGUGGUUAAAGCAUCUUGUCUUUGGAGACUAAGCAUGAAGUUAAAAAAAAAAAAACCAAGAAAACAAUUUGGGAAUAAAAGUUACUCUUGUUGUCAUAGAAUCUUAAAAAUAAAAGGACCUUAAUAAAAGGACCUUAUGAACCACUUUUCAUAAAUAGAUUUGAAAACUUAGAUGAAGUGGCCAAACUGCAACUCAGACUCGAGUAGAAACAGGAUUCCUAAAUAGUCCUACAACCAUUAACGAAAUUCAAACAGUAAUUACAACUCUUUCUUCAAAUAAAAGGCCAGGUCCAGAUAGUUUGACUUGGAAGAUCUCCCAAUUAUCUAAGGGACAAACACUGCCAAUCUAACACAUAGUAUUCCAGAGUAUAAAUAAAGAAGUCACAUUCGGCUAUUCUUUUUAUGAGAUGAGUGUAAUCUCAAUACCAAAACUUUAGCAAACAUAGGAUCUAGUCUGAAUUCAUUCAUGAACACAGGUGCAAAAACAAAAUAAUUAUCAGACAAAACCCAACAAACAAACUAGGUCAUGAUCAAGUUGGAUUUAUCCCAGAAAUGCAUGAUUGAUUUAACAUCAGGAAAUCAAUGUGCAUACUUCACUGCAUUAAUAGAUCUGCAAUGUCAGGGGGUCUGAGGUGCAACUAAACAUUCAGGCUCAUGAGCACCCUAGGCUGCUUUCACUACUAUUAUCCCCAGAAAACAGUAGCACAAGGACCAAAGCUUGACUGGAUAGGGCCAGACUUUCUACUGUAGGAGAAGUAGCAGCAGGCAGCAGUGCACACAGCCAUCCGUGAGCUGCUUUCUUUGGCCUUCCUAGAUAAUGUCUCAGAUGCCAGGAGAUUCCAUUCAUGUCAGGUGGGUGCAGACAUUCCAACUUAAAGUUCACAUCUCCUUGGAAACCAGGAUCUUUUGUAUUAACUCCAUAGGCAUAGCUUCCAGAUUCCUCAUAUAUGACAUCCCUCAUUAUAAGAGUUACACACUCAGGAAGAGCCAAAGCUGUGGCUCCCCAUCAGGUAUUUAUAGUUCAAUUAUGAGUUCCUCACAAUCCAAAGCAAUUUACCAAUCAGGGCUCAUGUAUACUACAAGCAAGUUUGCCUAGCGACAUAGUAGACAUACUGUGAUAUCCGAUGAUGAGGUAAACUAAACGGGAGUCAAACGAAGGUCAGCUCUUAACAGAAUGGGGAAAGUUUCUGUGAAGCCCUCUUUGCAAUACAUUAAAGAAAAAUCACUUGAUCUUAAUAAUGCAGAAAAGCAUUUGGUAUAAUUCAACAUUUCCUGAUGACAAAAUAAAACUUCAGGAAACUAAAGAUGGAUGAGGGCUUCCUUAAGCUGACAAAAACAAAAACAAACCCCACAACCCUGCAGCAAAUGGUGAUAUAUUGAAAGCAUUUAAAUAUCAGCAAUAAAACAAAAAUGCCUGAGGUCAACAUUUCUAUUAAAAUUGCACCAGUGGGUCUAGUUAAUGUAGUAAGGAAAGGAAAAGAAAUAAAUGAUAUUGGACAGGAAGAAAUGACUGUUAUAAUGCAAAGAUGAUAUGAUCAUUCAAAUAGAAGAGCCAAAAAAAAAAAAAAAAACUGAGGUUAGGGGCUCCUGGGUGGCUCAGGGGUUGAGCAUCUGUCUGGCUCAGGUUGUGAUCCCGGGAUCCUGGGGUUGAGCCCCAUAUCAGGCUCCCAGGGAGGAGCCUGCCUCUCCCUCUGCCUCUCUCUGUGUGUCUCUCAUGAAUAAAUAAAUAAAAUCCUAAAAAAAAAAAAAGAAAAAAAUCUGCAGGUAAGUGGUUAGAGUUAACAGACUUUCACAA